CAGGUAAAGUUCUUAAAGUAUCUGAAGCCUCCUUAUUCUUCAGUGAGUCAGCUCUGUUGAUCUCGGUUCCAUUUUCCCGUCAUUCAGUGAAGAAUCGAAAGUGAAAGCAGCCUGCAGUCUGCGGAGCUCCGCCGCUUCUUACUUCAGUCUGUCGGUGUGUUUUGUACCGGACGGCAGGAUGGCUGACACCGGGUGUCCGCCGCUGAUCGUGGAGGGGGACUGGAGUCCGGCUCAGAACAAAACCAUGAAGAACAAACUGCAGCUGUACUUCCAGAGCAAGAAGAAGUCCGGCGGAGGAGACUGCCGCGUGGAGGCGGAGGACGGAGCUCCGAGGGCUGAAGUGUACUUCAUAUCAGAGGAGGUGAGAGAGCAAGUCCUCGCCAGGACAAACCACGAGAUCGUCCUGGAGAACCAAACUGUCAAGUUACGUCUGAUCUCUGCGUCGAGCCUGAAGGACAGCGACGACGCCUCAGAUUCAAAGACGAAGUCAGAAGUUGAACCUGGAGGUGGAGCUUCAGCAGAGAGCAAAGAGGAGAAAGAUACCAAGUCCGUUCAGAGCGUCGCUGUGGUGUUGGAAAACGUGGACAGCAUGUCCAGAGAUCUGCUGUCCAUGCUGGUGGAGAACAUCUCAGGUUUGGAGGACAGCGCCUACAGCCUGGAGAUCAUCUGGGAGACCAACAGAGCCGUGAUCACCUUUAACAGCCCUGCAGAUGUGGAGAAGUUCCUCACUGUGAGUCAGUCCAGCCAGAAGCUGCAGAAAUACGGACUGACCGCUCGGCCGCUGGAGGCUGCAAAGAGCGUCCGACUGGAGAGUCUUCCUCCGACUGUGACCAAAGAUGUGUUGGAGCUGUAUUCUGAGAAGAGCUGGUCUCUGCCAGUCAAUAUCAUCAUGAUCCCGAGUGAACAGGCUGCCAUUGUCGCUUUCAGUGACCCUAAAGUUGUACAAAGCAUUUGCACAAAAGACAACUAUGUGAUUUGCUCCACUACUGUCAAGGUGUAUCCAUACUACGAGUCCCUGGGCACCGCCUUGUACGGCAAAGAACGACCUACAUGGAAGAUGCCAGAGCCCUUCACAGAGAGGGUUCAUCCUGCUGUCUGGAAAUUCCUCAAGAUGAAGAAACAAUUAAAAAUCAUCAACGAUCAGAUGAGUCUGCACUUCUGCAGUGUGGACUUGGAUAACCCUGAGGUGAAACUCAGCCCUCUGCCGAGCUUUUUGAGGCAGAAAGGUCUGACUGCCAAACAUGUAGAUAUGUGGAUGAGUACCGCCCAAGAGGCCUUCCGUCAGCAAAUGUCUCAGUACACUGCCUUUGAAUGUCCAGUGGACACACCUGCAUGGAAAGCUGCAGAGAAAGAUGUCCGUUCGGUUAUCAGGGAUGAUGCCUUCCUGGUGAUGGAUGCAUCCAGGGGGGUUUUGGUUGUGGCUGGCCGAGCUGAUGAUAUAAAACAAUUCAGGGCUCCUGUGGAGAACAUUGUUCUCACUGCCAUGAGUCAAAUUAAACGGCAGACAGAUGGUGUCUCUGAGGAAAUGGAUGUGUCCUCUGCAAUGUUUUACAUCCUACAGCAGGAAGGGUUGCAGAAAGCUGCACUGAACAUUUCCCCUGACAUGAACCUCUCCUAUGAUGGAGGAACCCAGAAGUUAACCAUUACAGGACUUCCUGCAGAGGUUUUCCAGACUAAGGCGUGGAUCUUGGAGAGGAACAUGUGUAUGUGUAAAAAACCAAUGAAUGUCCAUCAAUGUCUUUUAGACUUUCUCAAGACUGUGGAUCCCACAGAGAUGUCGCAGGACUUGUUCACAUCCCAAGGCAUCAGUGCCAUCUACAGCAUUGAGGACAAAGGGGUUAUGCUGUUAGGGAGUUCAGAGAAUGCCCUUGCUGAUGCAGAGAGUAAGAUGAAGACGGUUUUUGCCCUGCAGACUCUGGAUGUGGAAGACCAGAAUGUUCUGAAACUUCACAACUGGGUGAGCCUGAAUCAACAGCUGUUGGACACCUUCAACUCAUUAAAGAAGAAAACAGUAGCCAUUCAGAUCCAUCCAGAGAGAAGAGACAAAAUAACGGUGGCCGGCUUCCAGAAUCCAGUGAAAGAGGUCAGCUGCACUCUGAAGGAAUUCAUUGUGAACUAUUCACAAGUUCAAGAAAUCUUUCGGGUAGAGUCCUGCGCUGUUGUUCAGUUCAUUGACAAGAAAAAAUCUCAAGAUUGGUGCAGUAUUGCCAAAACUAAUGAUGUGACAGUCCGUUUUGAUGAAGAGAGGCCAAAAAUCAUCAUCGCUGGGGCUCGUCUUCACGUCCAGAAAGCCAAAUUGGGCUUUCAGGAACUGACUAGUAGCCUCAUAACUGACAACUUAAUCUUAGAAAAGCCUGGAGCCAAGAAGUACUUCCAGUCUCAAGGGAGCCUGUUUCUGUCUACAAUAAUGUCAGACUUCAACUGUGUGGUGGUGCUUCGCCCAGAAUAUCAAGAGGAAGAGGAGGAAGAGAACUAUGAAGAAGGAAAUGGCCUUUGUUAUUGCAAAGUUCAGACCAGCAGUGGAGUUCUGGUUUCAGUAAGCAAGGCAGACAUCUGUAUGUUCAGAGUUGAUGCGGUGGUCAAUGCAGCUAAUGAAGACUUACAGCACAUUGGCGGUCUGGCUUUGGCGUUGCUUAACGCUGCAGGACCUCAGCUGCAGAAAAUCAGCAACGACUACAUUUCCACAAAUGGAAAACUACGUGCAGGUGAUGCCAUCGUUACAGGUGCGUGCAACCUGCCUUGCAAGUACGUCGUACAUGCAGUCGGUCCCCGGUUCUCUGACAAGAAGACGUCAGUGUCGCGUCUGAAGCUUGCAGUUAAAGAAAGUCUGUCUAAAGCAGAGAAGGUCCACUGCUCCACCAUUGCGCUACCUGCAAUCAGCUCAGGUGUGUUUGGUUUUCCGGUUGACCUCUGUGCUGACACCAUAGCUCAGGCAGUGCGAGAGUACUGCGACAGUCCAGGAAGUCUGACAUCGUUGACUGAGAUUCACCUGGUGGACAAUAAUGAUAACACAGUGAGAGUCCUGGCUGCAGCAGUCAACAGAGAGUUCGGUGACCUUGGACCUACGAUGACCGUUCCACAGUGGGCAGAAGGAAAAGGCACCGGAGCUACAGGAUAUCAGCUGGGUCGAGGUAGAGGUCAGAGUCAGUCGUUGGAAGGAAGACGAGGAGGAAGAGGAGGAGAAAGAGGACGAGGAAGAGGACGAGAAAGAGAGGCUGGGGGAACAGGAGCUGAAUCUCGGGGAGGUUGGCAAAGUAACAGUGGAGGUCAGGGCUCCAGGGGACACACCGGGUCUGGAGGGCAAGCAGGACCCGGGAGGAUGGAGCAGACCACAGCUGAAGGCCUGAAGAUUGCUCUCUGCAAGGGAAACAUUCAGGACCAGAAAACUUUCGUCAUAGUCAACACCAUAUCCGAGGACAUGGACCUGAACCAGGGAGCGGUUUCCAAAGCGAUCCUGGAGGCGGCCGGAUCCGGUCUGCAGUCAGCUGUUUGGUCUGAAGCCAGGGUGGCAACGCUGCAGCGUACUGACGUCGUUAUCACAGACGGCUUCAACCUCAGGUGUAGGAAGGUCUUUCACGCUGUUUGCCCUUUUUGGGAUAACGGAAGAGGCCAGGCAGAGGAGGAGUUAAUCACCACCGUCAGAUAUUGUCUGGAUGCGGCUGAGAAGCGUCAGAUGACGUCACUGUCCUUCCCGGCCAUCGGUACAGGAAACCUGGGCUUCCCCAGAGACUUGGUGUCCAGAGUCCUGCUGAGGGAGAUCCACUCAUUCAGCCAAAAUAAAAAUCCUCGCCAUCUGAGAGAGGUGGUCAUCGUCGUUCACCCGAGUGACAGCCAGACUGUGGAUUGUUUCACCAGGGCGUUCAGAGGUCAGACUGACCAGAGAAACAUGAGGGAAGCACAGGAAUUUAACGAGGCACCAGUGGCAUCUGUCAGCCAAUCACAACAGCCCUCAGCCUCCUUCAGUCAGGUAUCGUCGCCCUCCCUCGGUGUGCAUCGGAUGCAGAUGGGUCAGCUCACCCUCGAGGUGUCGACUGGAGACAUCACCAAGGAGGCCAGUGAUGUCAUCAUCAACUCCUCCAGUCCGGACUUUACCCUCAAAGCAGGAGUGUCCAAGGCGAUCUUAGACAGCGCUGGAUUAAAAGUAGAGAUGGAGUGCGCACAGAUCGUGAAUUCUCCGGGUUACCAGCCUCAGCCGAUGAUCCUGACGUCGGCCGGCCAGCUGCCCAGCAAAAACAUCAUCCACAUUGUUGGCCAAAGGGAUCCUGCAGAGAUCAAGGACAUGGUUUAUUCAGUGCUGAAGGUCUGCGAGGAAAACAAGUUCAAGUCUGUCUCCUUCCCAGCCCUGGGAACAGGUCAGGGAGGAGCCAACCCAUCUGCAGUGGCGGACGCCAUGGUGGGAGCGGUGGUGGAGUUUGUGAGAAAGAAACAGCCAAAGUUUGUUCGCAGCGUGAAGUUCCUGAUCUUCCAGACGUUCAUGGUGACGGAGUUUCACAAGAGCAUGAUGAAGAGAGAGGGAGAGGGGGUGGAGGAGAAGGGCGUCUUCACCAAGAUCAGAGACUCUUUGACUACAUUCUUUACUUCUACUGUAUUUGGCGGGGGGCGGUCCAGAAUUGAUGACUUGGUUCUGGAGAGGGAGGAGUUUGAGCCCACAGUGUUUCAGCUGUGUGCUGACAACGAAAAGGCUGUGAGUCUGGCUAAGAAAAGGAUUCAGGAGGUGAUUGUGGCCGAGCAGGCGGAGCGCACCAUCACAGAUCAGUACAUCAGUCAGCUGUCGCAGGCUGACAUGGACCAGCUGAAGGCCCUGCAGAGGGAACUGACGGUCAGCAUCCGUCUGGACAAAGGGCAGGAGGACCAGGAGCCCAAAAUCCACCUGGAGGGUCUGACCAGAGACGUCUUCACCGCCGAGGCUACGGUCAGGGACAUCAUCCGGAAGGUGGAGAGGACGGAGACCUUGAGGAAUAAGGCCUUGCUGGUGAGCGGGCUUGUAGAGUGGCAGUUUCAGCACCACAACAAGGCGACGGUGCCCUUCGACAUUUACACCAACCUCAACCUGGAGGAGGCUCUGGAGAAAAAACAAAGUGUGAAGAUCAAGAUCGACAACGAAAAUUACAACGCUGACGCAGUGCUCAGGAAAGCAGUUUCAGAGAAAGGCAAUAAAAUGGUGGAGCUGCUUAGAAAAGACCUGAAAGGUACAGACGCCGCUCUGCCGCCACAUUGGGAUGACAUGAAAGGCGACCUCCUCAAGCUGUUUCCUCUGACUACAGGAUCCCAGGAAUACAACGAUGUGGAGACAGAAGUUAAAAAGACCGGCCUUGCUGCAAACAUCAUCAGUAUUAAACGAGUUCAGAAUACGACACUGUGGCAGAGCUACCAGCUCCUGAAGAAACAUCUGGAGGUGAAAAACAAUCACACAAAUAACGAGAGGCGACUGUUCCACGGCACCGGAGCCAACUCCAUCAAUCUCAUCAACAAUCAAGGAUUCAACCGCAGCUACGCAGGAACACAAGUUGGUGCGGCGUACGGCAAUGGCUCUUACUUUGCAGUGGACCCGGGAUACUCGGCCAAUGGCUACGCCACGCCCGACGCCAAGGGGCACAAGCGCAUGUAUCUGGCCAGGGUCCUAGUCGGAGAUUUCACCCAGGGAAGACGUGGCAUGAUCACCCCGCCCGCCAAAAGCUCUAGAACUUCUGCAGAACUGUAUGACAGUGUUGUUGAUCAAACUCCCAACCCAACCAUGUUUGUCAUCUUCAAUGACAUCCAGGCAUACCCAGAAUACCUGAUCAAAUUUAGAUGAGCUGCUGGUAGUGCAACAGCUCUGGUAAAAACAAACCUCUUUCAUAUGUGCUCUAGUUUAACUUUACAAAACAAUAAUUAUAUAGAAGAUUGUAUAAUAUUGCUUAAUAUUUCUGAAACGGUGGAGUUGCCAAUUUCUUGAAUUAGUUUCAAUCAGUUCCAAUAAAUUAACAAAAAGCGCUUAAAGUGAGUGAAUAUAUUUAUUUUUUAUUGUUUAUUAAAACAUCGCAUCCAUUUUGAAUCGAGUUAGGUUUUCAGUCUGCUUCAUUGUAUCCGGGACAUUUCACUGCAACGUUAGCUGUCUGGUAGCUUUAGCCAUGCUAGCACCACGGCUGUGUGGAUGGUUUUCCUUUGGUGCCCCACUUUUGUCCAAACUUAAAUAUCUCAACAACUAGUACCUCAAAUUUAAUAGUUUGAGGUACUCUGUAGUAGAUUUUAUAAUAUCAAUAUCCAGCCUUAAACUACCCUGCUUAAUUUAAUAGUAGAGGAGCUUAGUUUAUGGACUGUUUUAUAUCUAUAGGUUUUUUAACUGCAUAAUUAAAAUGUAAAAUUUAAUAUGUAUAAUUAGUUUAAAGACAUCAUAUAAAUCACUAUACACAUACUCAGAAAAUGAUUAUGGCAGUUAUUUAAGUUCCAGCCAUCUAUCAUGUGAAUGUAUUUCAUUAUUUCAUAGCAAAGGUACCAAAGACAGUGACAGACACGACAAAUACAACAAAAGUCACAGGAUUAAAGUAUUCACCACUGGGGACGACAACGUCUGUUGUCUCCGUGUCCUCAUCCCGUGUUCUCUGCCUGCCUGUUCUCCCCUUUGUUCUGCACUAAAUUCUGAAUUAUACCAAUCAGCCAUAACAUUAUGACCACC